AUGCUGGAUAAACUGACCAGCGUGUUUGCUCCUCAUCCAUCCACUAGCCCCCACAAGCUGAGAGUAUCUUCCACUCAUCAUUUUCCUAAGUAUGGGCUUAAGUAUGCUCUGACAGGAGAUAAAGUAAAGAAGAUUUGUAUGCAGUGCGUCAUUAAGAUCGAUGGCAAGGUCAGAACUGAUAUAACCUAUCCUGCUGGAUUUAUGGAUGUCAUCAGCAUUGACAAGACUGGAGAGAAUUUCCGUCUGGUUUAUGACACGAAGGGUCAUUUUGCUAUUCAUCGUAUUACACCCGAAAAGGCCAAGUGCAAGUUGUGCAAAGUGAGAAAAAUCUUGUGGGCACAAAAGGAAUCCCUCAUCUGGUGACCCAUGAUGCUUGUACCAUCCUCUAUCCCGAUCCCCUCAUCAAAGUGAAUGACACCAUUCACAUUGAUUUGGAGACUGGCAAGAUUACUGAUUUCAUCAAGUUUGACACGGGUAACCUGUGUAUGGUGAUUGGAGGUGCUAACCUGAGAAGAAUUCGUGUGAUCACCAACAAAGAGAGACAUCCUGGGUCUUUUGAUGUAGUUCACAUGAAAGAUGCCAAUGGCAACAGCUUUGCCAUUUGCCUCUCCAACAUUUUUGUUAUUGGCAAAGGUAACAAACCAUAGAUUUCUCUUCCCCAAGAAAAAGGUA